AUGAAGAUUUUAUCUUGGAAUGUGAGAGGGCUGAGAAGGCCAGAAGAAAGGGGGAAAAUCAGAAAUUUGGUGAAGGACAGGAAUGUAGAUGUCUUGUUACUGCAAGAAACUAAAAGAAGUACUUUGGAUGAGUUUUUUGUGAAAACCAUUUUGCCAUAUGAAGAGAUGGAUUUUUUGGGGGUGGAUCCAGAUGGCAGUGCUGGUGGUCUUUUGUGCAUCUGGAGACCAAAUGUCUUCCAGCUUAAAGAUUGCUGUUGCAGUAGGAAUUUCAUCCUAAUAUCAAGUUCAACAUGUUUUUCUUUUGACUGUGUUGUUAAUAUUUAUGCCCCAAACGAGGUCCUGAGAAGGAGUCAAUUAUGGGAUGCUCUGGUGAGUGUGUACCCUCAUUAUUCAAACCCAUGGUGCGUGGGUGGGGACUUCAAUGAGAUCAGGUUCAUGAGCGAAAGGAUAGGGUGUUCAAGAAGAGAGAGAGGGAUGAAGGAUUUUAAUGAGUUUAUACACAGAUUGGAAUUUUCUGAUUUGCCUAUGCUAGGUAGACAGUUUACUUGGUGUAAUGCUCUAGAUGGGGAAAGAUGGAGUAGGAUAGAUCGAUUUUUGCUGGAUUCAAGAUGGCUGGAAAAGUUUUCCUUCAAACAGUGGGGUCUCCCUAGAACCAUUUCAAAUCACUGCCCAAUUUUGCUGAAGGAGGAUGAUAGGGACUGGGGUCCCAAACCUUUCAGGUUCUUAAAUCCUUGGCUGUCACAUCCUUCCUUCUUGCCUGAAGUACAACAGAUCUGGGGGAAUAGUCAUGUUUCAGGUUGGGCAGGGUUUAAACUACUGAGCAAGCUAAGAAUUUUAAAAUCUCAUUUAAAGGUGUGGAACAAGGAGGUGUUUGGUAACAUUGACUCUCAAUUAAAAGUAGCCGAAGAGGAAUUGCAUGAUUGGGACUUGAAGGCAGAAAUCAGGCCUUUGACUGAUAUGGAGCUACGAAGUAGAAGAGAAGCUAGAAGUUUGGUGUGGAAUCUAAGUAGAAAUAAGGAGAGUCUAUGGCACCAAAAGUCCAGAAUGCUAUGGGCUUGA